CCUCAAGAUCUCUACUUUCUUCCUUCCUGUCCCCUUUCCUCUUUCCCCCAUAUAUAUACCCACCCCCACUCACAUAUCUCCAUAUCUCACAUUCUACAUAUAAUCAAUCUCACACAUCAAAAACACACCUCUCAUUUCUGAUUUCAGUUUUCAUGAACAAAAUGAUGAAUGAUCAAGAGCUACACGUUCUCGCCGUUGAUGACAGCAACAUCGAUCGCAAAGUCAUCGAGAGGCUCCUCAAAGUCUCCUCUUUCAAAGUCACUGUUGUUGAUAGCGGAUCCAGAGCUUUACAAUAUCUAGGCUUAGAAGACAACAACAAUUCCACUCAUUUCGAUGAUUUGAAGGUAAAUAUGAUUAUCACGGAUUAUUCUAUGCCUGGAAUGACCGGAUUCGAGCUCUUAAAGAAAAUCAAGAAUUCAUCAACGUUGAAGGAGAUUCCUGUAGUGAUCAUGUCAUCUGAGAACAUCCUAACACGCAUCGACAGAUGUUUGGAGGAAGGGGCAGAGGAUUAUUUACUGAAACCGGUUAAGCUAUCGGAUGUUAGACGAUUAAAGGAUUCGAUAUUGAAAACCGAAAACAGGGGAGUGGAAGAGGUGGAGAACAGCAGGAAGAGGAAGAGGGGUGAUGAUCGAUUGCCGGUGUUGCCGUCGUCGCUUUCGUGUCAUAAGAAUGUGUCGUCGAUGUCUCCGCCCGCUUCGCCUCAACAAGCUGCACCUAAGCUUUGCUGAUCGAGUGUUUAAGAUGACUGUUUUUGACUAACUAGAGGAAGGGAGUGAGUUAGAUUGUAGGGGUUUUGAGGUCUAAACAAUGUAAAUGUAACAUGUUGUUCGACAUAUUUUGACAUCAAGGGACGAUAUGGGAUGUUGAUUGUCGCACAACAUGAAUUUUUGUUAAUGAAUAUACUUAUUUAACCUA